AUGACUUGCAGAACUACCCAGGAUUUGUCACUGGUUUCUGCAAAUGCUUCUCCAGUGUUUGUCCAAGCUCCUGCAGAGAAAGGCCUUGGCAGUUUUGCUAUUGACUUUCUAAUGGGUGGAGUUUCAGCUGCUGUGUCAAAAACUGCUGCUGCCCCUAUUGAGCGAGUGAAACUUCUGAUCCAAAACCAAGAUGAAAUGAUUAAGACUGGCAGGCUCUCUGAACCUUACAAAGGAAUUGGAGAAUGUUUCAAGAGAACAAUUCGAGAAGAAGGUUUUGGAUCUUUGUGGAGAGGAAACACUGCUAAUGUCAUCCGUUACUUCCCUACUCAGGCCUUGAACUUUGCAUUUAAGGACUACUUUAAGAGACUCUUCAAUUUCAAGAAGGACCGUGAUGGCUACUGGAAAUGGUUUGCUGGCAACCUUGCAUCAGGUGGUGCUGCUGGGGCUUCCUCCCUACUCUUUGUUUAUUCCUUGGACUAUGCUCGUACCCGUCUUGCAAAUGAUGCCAAGGCUGCCAAGAAGGGUGGUGAGAGGCAGUUCAAUGGUUUAAUUGAUGUCUACAGGAAAACUCUGAAAUCUGAUGGUGUUGCUGGUCUUUACCGUGGAUUCAACAUCUCAUGUGUUGGUAUUAUUGUUUACCGUGGUUUGUACUUCGGCAUGUACGACUCAUUGAAGCCAGUGCUCCUGACUGGAUCAUUGCAGGAUAGUUUCUUUGCUAGCUUUGCUCUCGGUUGGCUCAUCACAAACGGUGCUGGACUUGCCUCCUACCCUAUUGACACAGUUCGUAGAAGGAUGAUGAUGACGUCCGGUGAAGCUGUGAAGUACAAUAGCUCUUUGGAUGCAUUUGCUCAAAUCCUGAAGAACGAGGGUGCCAAAUCAUUGUUCAAGGGUGCUGGUGCCAACAUCCUUCGUGCUGUUGCUGGUGCUGGUGUGCUUGCUGGUUAUGACAAACUUCAGGGUCGAACCCUUUUGGAUACUUACACCUACUCUUCCUUUUCUUCUUCCCGUUCUCUUUACUCUUCACCACAUUCGCUUCAGCAACUAUUACACUGUCCCAAGCAACUAAAGCUUCAAUAUUUCCAUAGCUUUCCACUACCUCUCCGUGUUGAGCAGCAGCCUCUUCCACGUCUGAGCUUGAAAAGGGCAACCUCCUGUGUUAGUACAUCAAUCUUAUUGUCUUCAGUCAUGGCAUUAGACCACGCCCAGAUUGCAGAAUCUAACAUGGCAUCGCAGCCAACAAGAUCUUCAGCAAUGCAGAAUCUAACUCGGCAUCAGCACCAUCAAUAUCUCAAGCACGUUCCUUGA